AUGAAUUUUGAAAGUAAAAUAGCGGAUGAUACUAGUAAUUAUUCUAAAGUAAAAACGUUUCCUAAUACCAAAAAUUCUGAUAACGAGGAAUUUAGGAAGGUGCAGUCAAAUUCUUUAAAAGAUCUAAAUAUCUCGAAAAAUGGGAAUAAUUAUAGUGUUACAUCUGAGAGCAAUGUCACUUCAAAAACUAGUCAUAUAGUCGAAUUUAAUAACAAUAUCGUUUGUGAAACUAUUCAAAAUGAACAAGCAAAUAAACCUAUAGAACUUUCUGCAAAGAAUAAAAUAACAACUAAUAAAUGUGAUAAAACUAACUAUAUGUUAAAAGAAAUAUUCUAUUCUACCAGUUUGAAUUUGGUUGACUUAUCAGAAGCUACUAUCUCACAAGAUAAUAAUUCAUUUCUUUCUUGUACUGACGAAGCAAGCAUAUUGCACACAAAUCAGGAUAAAAUCAAAAGAAGUAUUUCGAAAAAUCAAGUACAGACCAAUAGUGAUACAUUAAUAGAAAAAUUAGACGAUAGUUCGGAUGAAGUUUCGAAUAAGCGACAAAAAUUAAAUGAAAGUGAGUGCAAUACCAGUGCAGGAAACUUAAAUGACAAUACAGUGACGUUUCAAAGAAAUACAUUAAUAGCGGAGCAGCAAAAUUGUCAUUUGAUAAAUGAAUCAGCUCAGAACGAAUCAUUGAAUACAAAUUUAGGAGCAGGAUCAGAAAUUGCUAAUAAUUACCAAUCUAAUUCAUACGAACAUGAAGAUGAUUGGAAUGAAUGGAGAGUUACUAACGAGAAUGAAUGGGAGGAACAAGAGGGAGAUGAAGAUGAGAACAAUAAAAAAGUAGCUAAUUACCUAAAAAUAAAAAAAUUAUUUCCUAAUUGGCAUAUUGUACCGGAAGUGUUAAAUCGCCAAAUAGGUAGCAAUCCAUUAUUUGAAAGACGAUUCUAUGGUUCUUUAUAUGCAGUAGAGCGGCUCCAACUUAUGUAUAAACUUAAUGAAGAAGUAUCGGUAAAUUAUUCGCCUUCUAUCUUAAAUUUCAAUCACAAAGGAAAUUUAUUAUUGUGUUCCGUUUGUGAUAUAAUUUCUAUUUGGUUAGGGAAAAAAAAUUGCUGCUUUACAAAUGAUGAUAGCAUCUCUAUAUUAUACGCCAUGUGGCUGCCGUUAGAACAUUUUAUAGCUAUUUCUGGUGAAGAUGGUUGGGUACGUUUGUUAGAUAUUGAAAGUAGCUCAUCGAAGAAAUUGGCGAUGCACGAUGGAAGGUCGUACAAAUUGGCUGUGCAUCCUGAAAUACCUCAUGUAAUCUUUUCUGCUGGAACUGACUCAAAAGUAUUAUCCAUAGAUAUCCGGGAGAGGGAACCAACAGAGUUACUUGCAGUAAAUGAAAGUUCAUUAAAUGAUAUGUUAUUAUACAGUAUACAUUCUAAUCCUUCAAAUAGUAAUGAAUUUUGCAUCGCCGGUCAGUCCUGCUGUGUAAUGAUAUACGAUCGGCGAAAAGUUUCAAAGCCGCUUUAUAAACUAUGGCCUAAUUAUUUUGACAAUGAUAGAAAUGUAUUUGUAAUAUCUGCUAUGUAUAAUCAUAACGGAACAGAAAUUCUCGCUUCGUAUAACAACAAAAACUUAUUCCUAUUUAAUAAAUUAACAACGUUGUCAGGUGGAGAUUACGGCCAUAUGUAUCAGAAUUAUAUGAAUUAUAAUAGAUCACAAUUAUUAGGAAGUAAUUUUUUCGGACCUAAAAGCGAAUAUGUUAUAUCUGGAUCCGCUAAUAAUAUAUUUAUUUGGGAAAAAAAUUCGGAAUCUAUCGUACAAUGUAUGGCAGGAGAUAAAGAAUCCGUAAGUUGCUUAGAGAGUCAUCCGCAUAUUCCCAUUCUUGCGACAAGCGGAUGUGAUGACAACAUUAAACUAUGGGUGCCUUCGAAAGGAGAACUUUCGAUAAUGCAAUCAUCCGGGAAUCUUUUCUGUAUAGAUCCAAGUAUACCAUCACGUUCCGAACUUGCAAUUCAAAAUCGAGAUGAAGAUAAUAUUAACGACGACAACGAUGAUGAUAAUAGUAUUUUCAACAGCUCCUGGCCGGACAGCUCUAUAGAGGAUACUGUAUCCGAAAAUGGCGACGUUGAAAGAACGCAUUGUCUUGCAUCUUAA